GACCAGUCCAGCAUCUGUAUUAGAAGACAUGUGGUGUAUAUAAAGUUUGUGAUCGUUGGGGGAAAUUUUGGAAUUUAGAUAAUGGGCUGUGUGCAAUGUAAGGAUAAAGAAGCAACAAAACUGACGGAGGAGAGGGACGGCAGCCUGAACCAGAGCUCCGGGUACCGCUAUGGCACAGACCCCACCCCUCAGCACUACCCCAGCUUCGGCGUGACCUCCAUCCCCAACUACAACAACUUCCACGCAGCCGGCGGCCAAGGACUCACUGUCUUUGGGGGUGUGAACUCUUCGUCUCAUACUGGGACCUUGCGUACGAGAGGAGGGACAGGAGUGACCCUGUUCGUGGCCCUUUAUGAUUAUGAAGCACGGACGGAAGAUGACCUGAGUUUUCACAAAGGAGAAAAAUUCCAAAUAUUGAACAGCUCGGAAGGAGAUUGGUGGGAGGCCCGCUCCUUGACAACUGGAGAGACGGGUUACAUUCCCAGCAAUUACGUGGCUCCGGUGGACUCCAUCCAGGCAGAAGAGUGGUACUUUGGAAAACUUGGCCGGAAAGAUGCUGAGCGACAGCUUUUGUCCUUUGGAAACCCCAGAGGUACCUUUCUUAUCCGUGAGAGUGAAACCACCAAAGGUGCCUAUUCACUUUCUAUCCGUGACUGGGAUGAUAUGAAAGGAGACCAUGUCAAACAUUAUAAAAUUCGAAAACUUGACAAUGGUGGAUACUAUAUUACCACCCGGGCCCAGUUUGAAACACUCCAGCAGCUUGUACAACAUUAUUCAGAGAGAGCCGCAGGUCUCUGCUGCCGCCUAGUAGUUCCUUGUCACAAAGGGAUGCCGAGGCUUACCGAUCUGUCUGUCAAAACCAAAGAUGUCUGGGAAAUCCCUCGAGAAUCCCUGCAGUUGAUCAAGAGACUGGGAAAUGGGCAGUUUGGGGAAGUAUGGAUGGGUACCUGGAAUGGAAACACGAAAGUAGCCAUAAAGACUCUCAAACCAGGCACAAUGUCCCCUGAAUCAUUCCUCGAGGAAGCACAGAUCAUGAAGAAAUUGAAGCAUGACAAGUUGGUGCAGCUGUAUGCAGUGGUGUCAGAGGAACCCAUCUACAUCGUCACCGAGUAUAUGAAUAAAGGAAGUUUACUUGAUUUCUUAAAAGAUGGAGAAGGACGAGCUCUGAAAUUGCCAAAUCUUGUGGACAUGGCGGCACAGGUUGCUGCAGGAAUGGCUUAUAUCGAGCGCAUGAACUACAUUCACAGAGAUCUGCGAUCAGCAAACAUUCUCGUAGGGAAUGGACUGAUAUGCAAGAUUGCGGACUUCGGCUUGGCCAGAUUGAUCGAAGAUAAUGAAUACACAGCAAGACAAGGUGCAAAGUUCCCCAUUAAGUGGACGGCCCCCGAGGCAGCCCUGUAUGGGCGGUUCACAAUCAAAUCUGACGUGUGGUCUUUUGGAAUCUUACUCACAGAGCUGGUCACCAAAGGCAGAGUGCCGUACCCAGGCAUGAACAACCGGGAGGUGCUGGAGCAGGUGGAGCGCGGCUACCGGAUGCCCUGCCCGCAGGACUGCCCCAUCUCUCUCCACGAGCUCAUGAUCCACUGCUGGAAAAAGGACCCCGAGGAACGGCCCACGUUCGAGUACUUGCAGGGCUUCCUGGAAGACUACUUCACGGCCACAGAGCCCCAGUAUCAGCCUGGGGAAAACCUGUAAGGGCCAGGUCUGGAGAGAGAGGCCUUGCGUGAGGCUUCCCCACCCCUUCCCAUUAGCUUUCAGUUCCGUAGCCAGCUGCUGCCGGCAGCCUGAUCCGUGCAGGAGAGGAGAUUGCAUGUGACUCUGAAGCUGACGAACUUCCACGGCCCUCAUUACUGACUCUUGUCCCCAUAUCCGAACCUCCGCUGUGAAGCCUACGAGACAGAAUCUUUGUUAUUUCUCAGACUUUGGAAAAUGCAUUGUAUCGAUGUUAUGUAAAAGGCCAAUCUCUGUUCCGUGUAAAUAGUUACUCCAGUGCCAACGAUCCUAGUGCUUUCCUUUUUUAAAAAUACAAAAUCCUAUGUGAUUUUAACUCUGUCUUCACCUGAUUCAACUAAAAAAAAAAGUAUUAUUUUCCAAAAGUGGCCUCUUUGUCUAAAAUAAUAAAAUUUUUUUUCAUGUUUUAACAAAAACCAAUCAGGACAGGUGUUUGGGUUUUUUUUUCCUUUUUUUAUGAUCUGAAUAUAUAUAAUAUAUCCAUCCCUGUACAUACACCAUGUGGGUGCUAACAUGGAGACCUUGGCUAGAGUGGACCACAAGCUUCAGGACCCAGAAGUAAGGAGUUGACAGCAAAAUCAGCAGAAAUACACUGGUGGUAUUCUGAAAACCAGUGGCCUCAUUUUUGGCUUUUGCAAAGCAUGAUUCUCUCUCUCUCACUUUUUUUUAAAUUUGGAGUGCACUUUUUUUGGUUUCUUGACUGUACCUGUAGAUGACUGUUCACUCUGCCUCAUUCAGCACCCCCAGCUGAAUUCAUCAAUUGUGUUUCCAGUAUUUGCUUCACCUGCAAUCUGUACUUGAGACUUAAAAGUGAACAGAUUUAAGCGAGCCAGCGGCCAGUGCUCCCAGGGGACCUGGAAGACGAUGCCACACAAACUUCUUGUAUAAAAAUAUGAAUGCUGAAAUGUUUCAAACUUUUUUAAUUUAAUAAACCUUGUAACCACA